AUGCAUUCCUUUACAAAGUCUGUGUGUAUUCUACUUCUAAAUAUUACUUUAUGUGUUUUGAGUGCUCAGUUUGGAAGUAUAAAAGGAGCAAGUGAUAGAUAUAAGGCAGAUUUAAAAGACUGCGGGCCUUUUGAUAAACAAUGCGUGCAUUUAGAAGAGGACUUAGCGCUUCUCUCUUGUGCACUAAAUAUAAGUCAUAGUAAUAAAUCUCAAUUGCCAUUCUCCUGUCAACAUAAGAUAUGGCUUUAUCAAUUAGAAUUAUUGGAUAACAACUUUCUUGAACACAAACUAAAAGAAACAUGUCUGGACGAACCCAUUAUUUUAGACUGCUUAAAUUCAGUUGGAAAUAUACUUGAUUGUGUUUUGAAAAGAAGGCCAAGUGUGAAAGCAAAGACAUGUUACAAAGCAAUAACUAAAAUGGAAUCUUUGAUGUUCAAUGAUUGGCAGAUUACAAAUAAUUUCCUAAAAAACUGUAAUGAUGACAUACAAACAUUGUCUUGUGGUCGUAUACCACCAGAUGUAAGAACGCUGUCACAAAUGCACACUUUAAAAUGUGUUCAAAACCAUGAGCAAAACUUAAGACCUAAAUGUCAAGCUGAAAUAGCUGUGCUUGAUGAAAUGAAAUAUAAUACUCUUCAACUAGAUAAAUUGGUCUUUGCCGUUUGCAAUAUUGAUCAAAGAAAUUUCUGUCCAGAUGAAGUUCCUGGUACACUUUUAAUGUACAAAUGUCUUGUACGUCAUAAGUAUGAGAAUAGGAUGACAAAAAGAUGCCAGGACCAGUUAUUUUAUGCUCAAAGAAAUAUUGUGAUGAAUUACAAAAUGAGCAAGGGCUUGGUAAAAUCUUGCAAAGAAGACAUCAGGAAGUAUCAUUGUCGUAAAGGUGUUGUUGAUGAUAAAGAUGUACGUCUUGCACAAAUUUUACUAUGUUUAGAGAAUGUGACAAAAAAUGACAGUAUUAAAUUAGCUCCAGAAUGCAUAGCAGAGAUGACUGAUCACAGAAAGAUGUUGAUGGAUGAUUAUAGACUAUCACCAGAAUUGAUGCAAAAUUGUGCUAAUGAUAUAACAAUGCUUUGCAAGGGUGUGGAAGCAGGUGGUAAAACCAUACAUUGUUUAAUGGAACAUGCUAGACCUAGAAAGCGAAAAGAACGACGAAUAAGCAUUGCCUGUCAAAAGUCCUUAGAGAUCUUAGUCCAAGAAGCGGACCCGGGUGAAGACUGGAGAGUGGACCCUAUUUUACGUAAUGCAUGUAAACCCGUCGUUGAUCGUGCUUGUAGGGAAGUGAAUGGUGGUAAUGGUAGAGUAAUGUCAUGCCUCAUGGAGAAACUUGGCACCUCUUUAAUGAGCCCGGACUGUGAAACUGCUCUGAUUCAAAUACAAUAUUUCAUAUCAAGAGACUUCAAACUAGAUCCUCAAUUAUAUAAAGCUUGCAGAUAUGAUGCAGUGACUCAGUGUAAAGCUAAACUUCAAUGGGCUGAUGCAAGUGAACAUGAAUCACAGAAGGAUCCACUAAUCUUACCAUGUCUAUAUAAUUAUGCAUAUGAUUCAGAGUUGAAAGGAAUUUUGCAAUCAGGGUGCGAACAACAGAUAAGACGGGUCAUGAGACAAAGAGCAGUCAGUGUUGACUUACUCCCUGAAAUUGCCGACACGUGUAUAGAUGACCUAGCCAAUCUCUGCUAUGAAAAUACUGGGAGGGGUGAAGAAAUACAGUGUUUACAAAGCAAAAUUAGAGAUCUUUCAUCAAAAUGUAAGGAAGUUGUGACCAAUUUUACUGAAACCCAAUCUGGCCAUAUAGAACUAAAUGCCAUAGUCAGUACAAAUUGUAGGGUUCCUAUUGAAAAGCUAUGUGCAUCAGAAUUAAAAAGCAAGACAGACGAUGAUGGGAUAUUGGAUUGUCUUAUCUCACACAAGAAUGAUCCUGAAAUUAAAACAAAUUUAAAAUGCAGAGCAGCUAUCGAGCAUGAACAAUUGAUCUCAUUAAAAAAUUAUAAGUUCACAAGGAAGUUCAAGAAUGCUUGCAAGUCAUAUGUAGUUAGGUUUUGUCCGAAAGCACAAACAAAAAGUCAGGUUGUGACUUGUUUGAGUGAAAUAGUUAGGAAUGACACAAUUUCUAAGAGGAAGCAUACAAUUUACAAAGAGUGUCGCCAACAACUGCGCAGCCAACUAUUUCAGCAAAAGGAGAAUGUGGAUUUAGAUCCUGAAUUAAAAGAGGCUUGCAAGAAGGAUUUACUUGAAUAUUGUUCCAAUAUACCUCAUGGGGAAUCGGCAGCUUUAGAAUGUCUUCAGACAGCUAAAACCAAACUUAGUGAUACAUGUAAAAAAGCCAUCUUUGUUGUGAGAAAGCAAGAGUUUACAGAUAAUGCAAUAGAUUAUCAUUUAGUGACAAGUUGCAGUGAUAUGAUAGACCUUUAUUGUCACAAUACUGAACCAACAGUAUUAUUAGACUGCUUAAAGGCACACCGUGAAGAGACUGAUUUCGACAAAAACUGUAAAUACGUAGUGGUUAACAGGAUGAUUGAGCAAAAUAUGGAUUACAGGUUUAACAACAACCUACAAAACGCUUGCAAAGGAGAUAUUCAAAAGCAUUGCACACGAAUCAUUUUAACUGAACCACAAGACGUAGAGUUACAGGGUAAAGUAUUGUAUUGCUUGAAGGAGAAAUUCAGGGAAUUAAAAUUGGAGAAGACCUGUGAGAAUGAACUUGCCAAUGUCCUAAAAGAGCAGGCGUUGAACUAUCGCCUAGAUCCACUUCUGGGGAAGUUGUGUAAAGCAGAAAUCCAAACAAUUUGUGCCGUCCCAAAUGACUCUAUAACCAAUUCGGAUGGUCAGGUGGAAGAAUGUUUAAAAAAUGCUCUCUUAAACCAUAAAAUAGUGUCUGCUGAAUGUGCAAGAGAAGUUGUUCAGAUAAUUGAAGAAACUGAAGUGGAUAUUGAGGCAGAUCCACUUCUAGAAAGGGCUUGCGCUUUAGACUUACUCAAGUAUUGUAAAGAUCUUGAGCACGGGGCUGGCAGACGUCUAAAAUGUUUGAAAAUUAUUCUAAACGACAGUAACAGAAAACUGGAAACCGAAUGCCAAAAGGAAUUAUCAAGUCGACUGGAAAUGUAUAGAUAUGUUGCAGCAGUAAAUGUCGUGGAGAAUCUAGGCGACGUUUAUAACGAAAUAUCAUCAUCACCUUCAAAGAAAUACUUUUUACUUGUAGGGUUCUCAAUUAUAGGUUUAAUUUUUAUAUUUGGACUGUAUUGCGGUAGAGUUACGAAAAAAGCUAUGUAUGUAAAAAGAAAAUAG